CAACGGAGACUGUGAGCCGGCGGAGUAGAGAUCGGACGAUAAUCGACGGCGACAGAAUCUCAAGAGAUGGAUCCGAAGCUAACGGAGGUGUCGCAGUACUUCGAGCGAUUCAAAGCGGCUUGUGUGAGAGAGGAUAUCGAUACCUCGGCUAAUCUGCUGUCUCAGCUCAAGGUCUUGUUGACUAGCUUCCGGAGCCUUCCACCGUUGUUCGAAGUUACUCCAAACGCUGUUCAAGAAUUGACGAUAGCGAGAGAUAUUUAUGAGCAUGCUGUUCUCCUAAGUGUGAAGAUGGGGGAUCAGGAUGCAUUUGAAAGGGACUUCUUUCAGCUGAAGCCCUAUUAUACAGACGCUCGAAAACGCCUGCCUCGUUCUCCUCAAGAGCACAUGAUAUUGGGCCUCAACCUUUUGAGACUCCUUGUUCAGAAUAGAAUUGCUGAAUUCCACACUGAACUAGAACUGCUUCCAGCUGAGUCUCUGGAGGAUCCUUGCAUCAAGCAUGCCGUGGAGUUGGAGCAGUCAUUCAUGGAAGGGGCAUACAACCGUGUGCUGACUGCAAAACAAACUGUUCCAAACCAGAGCUAUGACUACUUCAUGGAUCUUUUGGCAAAGACAGUUAGGGACGAGAUAGCUGGGUGCAGCGAGAAGGCAUAUGACUUCCUUUCAACAAACGAUGCACGCCAAAUGUUGCUCUUCUCAUCCGAUAAUGAACUCCUGAAGUACAUCAAUGAGGAGCAUCCGGAGUGGGAAAUAAAAGAUGGGUCUGUCAUCUUCCAGAAGGCAAAGGAAACCGCACCUUGCAAGGAGAUCCCGUCCCUGCAACUAAUCAACCAGACUCUCAGCUAUGCCCGGGAGUUGGAGCGGAUUGUCUAGUGCGACUGCUCUUGCUCCGGCGGCUGAUAUACAAACCUCCACCGCCUUAAAAUUGUUUGUUCGUGGAGAAAACAGAGAACAUGUAGUUUCUCCUCAUCUGUAGUGCUUCAAUGGGACUCAAUGUUCGUGGGGGGGCGCAUGCCGAUUCACUGGAAGUUAUGUGUUUUGCAGCAUCAUUCUGAAGCCUGUAGUGUCAUUGAGACUUUCAGCGUUGUGUUUUCUGGAACCCAUUGUCUUUAAGCGUUAAAGAAAAUCAUUUGGACAUUACCCUUUUGGGCUUACAAAUUAAGGCAUCCUCGUGUUGUUCUGCCACUGCGUACGCAGGUGGCUCUUAAGGAUUCCAGGUCGCUGUUCAUUGGAGCUAUGUAAUGCUUUCCUAGUUCGAUCUAAGCUUUGAUUAUUUGCAUAAAAUUGCAUAGUACUUGAUCAUUUGGCUAAUUUUUAUGUCCAAAUAAUUCAAGCAAAGUGACUUUGCCUAUCUUGUAAAUUAUGGAAGCAUAUUUGUCACAUAAAACUAAACUCAAUUUGUUCUUAAAUAGUGAUGAAAGAUGCGAGAUUUUGGUCAAGUUAUACCACGAAAUCAGCAUGUUUAUCGAUCUAAUGUAUAGUAGCAUGUUUAUUGAUCCAACAUAUGGCACCAUGUUUAUCGAUCCAAUGUAUGGAUUACCAAGACUGGUCAGUGAUUUAUGGAAGUCACUCAUUGUGAUCUGAAUGGAGUCACAAUAUGAAAGCGAAUAAGUGAUAAUUGAUGUCAUCACUAUUUAGUAUUUACUCAUGGAAGACGUGUGUGUAGAGGUGGCAAUUUCAAUCCAAUCCACCAAUCCAAUCCAUCAAUCCAUUAAAAAUAUCCACCUAAUCCAAUCCAUUUUAUCCAAAUCCAAUUGAAUUGGAUCCAUGGAUCAUUGGCAAAUUACGGUUUAGUACCUAUAAUUUUUAUAUUUUACAUUUUGGUACCUAAAAUUUAAUUUUUUAUACAAAAAAAUAUCAUUGGAAAAUUACGUUUUGGUACCUAAAAUUUUUCAUUAUGACAUUUUAUUACCUAAACUUUUUACAUUUUACAUAUUGGUCCUUGGUUGAGGAUGUCAUUUGGAUUCAUGGAUAAUCCACCAAUCCACUUGAUCCAAUCCAUGAAUCCACCAAUCCAUUAGAUCCAAUCCAUUUGAUCCAUGGAUCCACCAAUCCAAUCCAUUUGCCACCUCUACGUGUGUGUGUAUUGGGCAAUGCCAUUAAUUUUUCGAAUUAGCGAUUAAAUUGCAUGGGAGCAGUCUCUGAUGCAUUCUGAAUUUCGAAUGGACAAUUAUUAUCUGUAUAUGAAACUGCAUUGCACCCUAAAUUUCAUGAAUAGUUACUACUACGAUAAUUUCGAACAUCUAUAUCCCUCUUGGCUAAUGUAUCACCUUUACCUUAGUGUGUCAUGUGCUCUCCCCUUCCUUGAGUGAAAUGCAACUAAGCAAGUUGCAUUCCAAGUAGUUGGACUUGGAGACCUGCUCAAGGCGCAUUAUGGUUUACCUUUGGGUGCUUCUUAAGCAGUUUGUCGGCUGCUACAAGUCAAAUUGAGAAUAUCCCUUUUUCACGUAGGGCACUUUGAGUAGGAGCAAAUCUAGUGGUUCACAACUCACAAGAUAGAGAGAUAUCACCGUAGCGUGAUGAACCAAUAAUUGGCUUUCUCAUUGUGGUUGAUACCGUUGAACUUCAUGAAUCCUUCCUUUAUUAGAAUCACAACCUUUCCGCCCGGACCAAUAAUGACAGCAAAAGCUACUGCCUUCAUUCUCAAGUAGCUUUCCCUCAUUGAUUCCCUGACUUCAGACCUCGAGCCUUUACCCUCCCACCAAAUCCAUCUGUAGCCAUAAAAAUUCCUGGGCACAUGAGAAUCAAGUUUCUUGAACAGA